AUGUCUUUUCGUUUCCUCAAAGGGCUGGGCCCACACAUUCACAGCCAAUGGCACACCUCCUCAGCAACACGCACUCUCAUUAACCCACGCACAAGACAACCACUCUUGACAGUGCAUGACGCUACACGUGAACACGUUCAACAGGCUAUUUAUUCUGCAAGAAAUGCACAAUUGACAUGGCAACAAACAAGUGGAAGUGAACGCCGCGAUGCACUCCUUGGUAUUGCGAAUGCUGUUGAACGCCAUUGUGAAGAAAUGACCGAGCUUGAAAUGAUACAGACUGGCAAGGAGCGUGAGGAUGCUGCUGGCGAGGUUGGAGAUACGAUUGAAUGCCUACGUUUCUUUGCUGGACAUGCUGACAAGGCCUAUGGACAAACGUUGACCACGAAUGGAUUGCAUAUGAUGACGAAGCGUGAGCCUUGUGGUGUUGUUGGAUUGAUUACUUCAUUCAAUUAUCCAUUGAUGUUGGCUGCAUGGAAGUUGGCUCCUGCUCUUGCUGCUGGUAAUUGUGCCAUUUUGAAGCCUGCUCCUCAAACACCAUUGACAUCGCUUGCUCUAUCUCAGUUGGCUGCUCCUUAUUUACCGCCUGGUGUAUUAUCCGUUAUCCCUGGUGGCACCGAUGUGGGUCGUACGUUGCUUGCUGAUGGCCAUCUCGACAAGGCUAGCUUCACAGGAUCUACUCCAGCAGGCCAAGCUAUCAUGCGUGAUCUCAGCGACCAAUUAUGUCCUGUCAUUCUUGAAUGUGGUGGCAAAAAUGCAGCUAUUGUUCUUCCCGAUGCUGACAUUGACAAGGCUGCAAGUCAUAUCGCUCUUGGUGCAUUCUCAAAUGCUGGUCAAAAUUGCUGUGCCGUCUCACGUGUGCUGGUUCAUCGAUCGAUCCAUGAUGCUUUUCUGGAGGCUCUUCAACGGGAAUCUCAACAUGUCCAACUUGGUCCUUUGAUUGAUCAACAACAAUAUGAGCGUGUACGUCGUGCGAUUGAUACAAGUGAUAAAGCACCUUGGUGGAAACGCAAUGAUGAUGCCUUGAAUGAUGGAUUCUAUGUCCCGCCAACAAUCUUCACUCAAGUCCCAGACAAUGCUCCUCUCGCCACCGAGGAAAUUUUCGGCCCAGUAUUGACCGUACUCGAACCCUUUGAUGAUAUCACCUCGGCUAUUCAACGCGCCAAUGCUUCACCCUAUGGAUUGGCAGCUGGUGUCUUUGGACAUGAUCUCGUCGUCGCAAAUCGUGUUGCGUCAUCUUUACGUGUCGGCUAUGUAUGGAUCAACACUUACAACUACAUGCCUCCUUAUGCUCCCUUUGGUGGUCGUAAGCUAUCGGGUAUCGGCAAAGAUCUUGGACAAGCUGCACUUGAUGAAUUCACUUUUACCAAGAGCAUCGUUACUGGCAUUGAGUAG